AUGUGGAGACGGUUUUCCGGAUGGCGACACUUUUCCAGCGCCGCGUCGCGGUCGUCGCGCUACAACUCUUUCCGGGGCUCGCACAACCAGGGCCCCUUUCCCAUCCGAAUCCAGUGGAACCACAAGACAGCAAAGAUCGCCGGAGCCGUGGGCGCCCUGGGAGUCGCCUUCUACGUCACCCACCUGGAGAAGGCUCCGGUGACGGGACGAACCCGAUUCAUGUGCAUUUCCGAGUCUCUGGAGCGCCAGAUUGGCGAUUCGGAGUUUGAACAGCAACUGCAGGAGUUCAAGCCGUACCUGCUGCCCGACAACUCACCCACGGUCCAACGGGUCAAGAAGAUCAUGCGCCGAAUCAUCGCCGUGUCGGAUAUCAAGGAUCUGGACUGGCGAGUGUUUGUGGUGGACAAACCGGGCAUGCCUCCCAACGCCUUUGUCAUGCCCAACGGAAAGGUGUUUGUCUUCUCGUCCAUCCUGCCCAUCUGUGGCGAUGACGACGGUCUGGCUACAGUUCUGGCUCACGAAACAGCCCAUCAGGUGGCUCGACACACGGCCGAAAAGCUGUCGUGGGCGCCCAUCUACAUGCUUAUUGGUUUUGCGCUGUAUGCAGUGACUGGAUCCGACGCCUUCAAUCGGUUCAUUGUCUCGUCGCUCAUGGAAAAGCCCUCCAGCAGACACAUGGAGACCGAGGCCGACUACAUUGGGCUGAUGAUGAUGUCCAAGGCGUGCUUUGACCCGCAUGCUGCCAUUGGUCUGUGGGAACGAAUGCUUAAGGCCGAGGGCAGCAAUGCGCUCAUGAGCAAGAUGCAGUUCUUAUCUACCCAUCCGUCGUCGGAGCGACGAAUCCAGAACAUGAUCAAGUGGCAGCCGGAGGCCGACGAGGAGCGACGCAAGGCUGGAUGUGAUGAACAUGACCAUCAUUGGACCGGGUUUCAGGGGCUGUCCAAACAUUACUAG